AUGUCUCGUACCAACCUUACCAUCUUCCACCCUACAGUGUUUGUCUUAGUUGGCAUCCCUGGGCUAGAGGUUUAUCACAUCUGGCUGUCAAUUCCCCUCUGCCUCAUGUACAUCACUGCAGUCCUGGGAAACGGUCUCCUGAUGGUGGUCAUCAUCACAGAACGCAGCCUUCAUGAACCCAUGUAUUUUUUCCUCUCCAUGCUGGCCAUGACAGAUGUCUUGCUAUCCACCACCACUGUGCCCAAGGCCUUAGCCAUCUUCUGGCUCCAUGCUCAUGAAAUUGUGUUUGAUGCCUGUGUCACUCAAGUCUUCUUUGUCCACGUGAUGUUUGUUGGGGAGUCAGCCAUCCUCCUGGCCAUGGCCUUUGACCGCUUUGUGGCCAUCUGUGCUCCCCUGAGAUAUACAUCAGUGCUAACAUGGCCUGUUGUGAGAAGGAUUGCUCUGGCCAUUGUCACCCGAAGCUUCUGCAUUAUCUUCCCAGUGAUCUUUUUGCUGAAGCGACUGCCCUUCUGCCAGACCAACAUCGUCCCACAUUCAUACUGUGAGCAUAUUGGAAUAGCCCGCUUAGCCUGUGCUGACAUCACUAUUAACAUCUGGUAUGGCUUCUCAGUACCCAUUGUAAUGGUCAUAUUGGAUGUGAUCCUCAUUGCUGUGUCAUACUCACUCAUCCUCCAUGCGGUAUUUCGUUUGCCCUCCCAGGAUGCUCGGCACAAAGCCCUCAGUACUUGUGGCUCCCACCUCUGCGUCAUCCUUAUGUUUUAUGUUCCAUCAUUCUUCACCUUAUUGACCCAUCGCUUUGGCCGUAACAUUCCUCGACAUGUCCAUAUCCUACUGGCUAAUCUUUAUGUGGUGGUGCCACCAAUGCUCAACCCUAUUGUGUAUGGUGUGAAGACUAAACAGAUUCGAGAGGGCAUAGCCCACCGGGUCUUUGAGGUGAAGGCUUGGUGCUAUGCUUCCUUUCUGGGCUAA